UGUUUCCGUGUUCCCGUUUUAUUGCUUUGCUCGUCUUUUUAGCCCCGUCUCGCUCUAACACCGUAUGCUGCUGCCAAAGGCACUGUCUAUGUAUGUGUACCUUAUUGCGAAUAGUUGGCCGCUCUCUUUGAGGAAAGGCCGCGCUUUCCACUCAACAGUCCGUUGUCCGUGUGGUAAGGUCGGUAUCAGGAGUGUAUUUACGGUGAAAAAACUACCAAACUAUUGAACGAAUCAGCACAUAAUUCAGCAAAACAGUGGUACACUCUAUAUGUGUACAGAAGUGACAUAAAUAAAUCCGACCAGCCGCGCCGCCAUUACCGCAAGGGCUUUGCUGAUCGAAAACUGGUAGCAUCUUUUGUGUGGUAUCCUUGUUACUUGUACCAAGUGUUCGCCGUGUGCUUUGUGUCAACAAAUUAAAUCCCAAGUGUGUGGCCAUCUAUUGUUGUAAACAAAAACGGCAUUACAAAGUUUGAUCCACCCAACCCGCAGAAAGCCAGCUAACGCAGAAAACGAUGUCGCUGCACGUUUCGAAUCAGUCGUCCGGGCGCCGUACGCCGCAAGUGUACCAGGGAGGAUUCGGCGGUACGGCCUCGACGGUCGGAGGGGCUCAACCCAAUAAUGCAACGAAUGGUGCCGGUCGUCCAACGAAGGUGAAGCAAUCACUUAUUCCGGUCGCUGUGGAUCCUGGCACUGGUGUUUCACCAUCGAUGGCUUUGAUGACUUCUGGCGGUAACAGCAACAACCCAUCCACACCAUCGAAUGAAAUGCGAUAUCAGCAUGACCAUAUGUACGUUGCCGGUGUCAAACAGCAACAACCGGAAUCGAAUGGCGCAGGCAAGGAAUCGAAGAAGGCCACGAAUGGAAACAACAAUACGAACUUUGCGUCUGUCUCGUCGAAUGUAUCGGUUGACAAAUCUGUUUUGGCGAAAGCUAGCAACGAAAAAGAUAAGGAUGCCACUUCCACCAAAGCUGUUACUCCGGCACCAGCCGAGAGUGUUGCUAAGGUACGCGACAGUCCUCGCUCAAGAUCAUCCCAACAGAAGCAACUGGCAGAGGAAUCGGUUGGUGGUGCUGCUCCUAAAACAACAGAGCAACUGAAGCUAUCACCGGUCGUUUCAACGCCCAAGCAGCAGCAACCGGCAGGAAAGCCGUCGGUUGUAGAAAACUCUCUGUUGAAAGAGAAACCACUUAAAGGAUUCGCCGCUGAUGGUUCUGAAAUGGAAUCGUUGCUGCUUGAACCGUGGGACUACGAGGAUUCACCAAUGCCGGCAUCAGUCAAGAAGUCAAGACUGUUGCGCUACACCGGAGGCGGAAUGGCGCUGCACACUUCUUUUAAUAAAGGAUCGGGUGGUGACGCUGGGGACGUCAAGCUUGAUCCGGUGAUGGAACAGAAAACACCGGUGACUGAUUCAAUGGAACAGAAGCAACAACAACAGGAAAUCGGGAAACAAACCGCCGGUGAGCAGUCUAGUACCCCCUCCACUCCAACCACCGGCGAGGAAGGCCUGAUCAAUCGUCCUCUACGCUCCAUUACGGGUCGUCGGUCGACUCGUCCCAUCAGCAACAUUAUGCUAACUCACCGUCGAUCGGCAGAACAGAUGAACGAUUCUGUCUCGAGCUUGAACGUGACAGUUGGUUCAGACAUUCAUAACGACAGUCUGCGCACACCAGUUUCCUCGUCCCGUAAGCGGAAGGAUACAACACCGGAGUCGACUUCCGAUGGUCCGGUGGAGGGACUAGAAAGUCCGAAACGGGCACGCUUGGACUUCAGCGGUUUCCUCGGCCUCGUUGCCAGCCCCGUAACGAUGCUCAAGAAUCGUCUAUCACGCGUUAAGCUUCACUCGACCAGUACUCCAGUUGGCGGAAACGAACAUGGGCUGGCCGUCGAAGAGGAGAACCCGUCCAAAGUGGUCUCGGCGGAAGCUACCACCACCACAACCGUGCCGGCCACCGGUACCAACCCGGAAGACGCUAGCAGCAAGAUGAUGGUAGUCGAUGUUGGUGAAGAAGCAAAAGAAAAGAAAGACGCUGCAUCGACCGAAAAAUCCACCGAUGAUGAUGGUCCGGCCACCGCCGACACGAAGGACGACGAGAUACACGUGACAUACAAAGAGAAACAGAAUCAGUGGUGCAGUGUGAUGUAAACGAGCGUGACAUUCGGCGGUUCUUCCAUUUUUUUCUUCCGGCAAACAAUCAAUCCUGUUUUAAUUGAUUUUAAUUUCCUUUCCUUCAAGGCAAACGUAACAAUCGUUUCCUUUACUGUAGACGAAAAUUCACAUGUAAUGAAAUUUCGUUCUUUUCUGAUUCUAGUUUGAAUAAUCCCUUUACAGCUCUUCUGUCUUUCAUUUACGUAGUGAUAUGUAUUCAAACCUUACGUUCAUGUUCAUUUUCCUAAUGCUGAAGGACCUUUGGCGCCUUUCUUAUGGGAAAGUUUUUUGUCACAUACGUCCAUGAACUAAGAAACAGGAAGAGGCCAUUUGUUGUUCAGCCUUUAUCAUCUUUAGGUUUAUUUCUUACAGAUACUCGUAUCGAAAACAAUAAAUAUUGUAACAGCAGCGAUAUUAUGUUGACGGACUUCAAAGCACGUAAAAAAAUAGCCAACAGUAUGUCUAGAAGGGCUUGUUGACGGGGUGGAUCGUGGAUGCAUCUGAAGUACACAAUCUGGAUCCGAAACGAAUCAUUUAUGUAGUACGGCAGCGUGACUCGCUCAUUCGAUACAGGAGAAACCGAACUUGUGUUCUACCCCAAAAAGGUAGUAAAGCGUGGGGCGCAAGAAUAUCGAGAAAGAUUUGAAUUACAUCAAUCAAUAAAGGUUUUACUGGAAUGGUUGGGAAUAUGUUGUAAUUGUGCAACCGGCGGUACACAACAUGUCGUGAUUCUUGCAAUCAUUUAUACGUAGAACUGCUAGCUAUGAAUAUAAACACACACGUUUAUUGUAGAAUGGAUUUCUUUAAUUUGUUGUAUUUCGCACAAACCUCGAACGAAGAAAAAAUAAAAAACGAUCCAUU